AUGAAACGAGAAUCCCGUGGCAGAGGUUCGUCCAAUGCUCAAAACCUCACCACACGCUAUGUGUCCCCCACAGGGCGCCUGUGCCAGCGCCCCUGUCCCUCCCGCAGUGCAUGCAAUGCGGCUGUCAGCGGCACGGCAGGUGCGCCCCAGUGGGUCGACAGCCUCUCCCGCCACGCCACCAUCAACAUCGCGAUCCAGUACCUUAUUGUCGAUGAUGCCAAUCAAUGCCAAAAUGGGUGCCGCAGUUUCGCCAAGCCGGCAGAACCUACAUACAGUGCUGAAGAAUUUUGUACCAGGCUUCCCGCCCCUCCAUUAUGUGCCAGCCAGGUAUCGAUUAUGAUGACAAUGAUGCGUGGGAUGGUAAGGAGCACCACCCCUUAUUUCAAACCUUCAUCCCUGGGAGCACCAGACUCGACUGAAAUUGUGCUGCGACCGGUGCACGUCCCUUGA